AGAAAUAAAAUCCACCCCAGAAGAGAAGGAUGGUAUGGCAAGGAAACAAAAAAUUAGCAACUUCAGUUCCUUUUCGCCCCCUCUGAAUGGGGACUGGAGCACUGCAGUUGCUCAGCCUAAUAAGCUCGUCUCCUCCUCCUCCUCGUCAUAAUCUCUGUUCCCAAAAAUUCUGGAAAAAGAGCCAAAAUCCAAGUAGCCAAAACAACCAUACUGGGUUCUCUUUCUCCCCAAAAGCCGGCGGAAGAGUUGGUGGGUCCGAGUGGGAGAGGAGCAAGACCAGUACCAGCACCCACGAGCCACACCGGCGGUCUAGACCCAGUUACGAGUUUGAUUUUUAUGAGGACGAGUUUGGGCUCGGAAACGCCAGGAAGCAGAGGAGGAAGUGGUGGUCUGAGGACUCAUCACCGUGGGACACUGACAUUGAUGAUGAUGAUGAACUUCUUGAUGGGCUAGGGAUUUUUGAAGGCUCCAUUGGUUUCUCUUCCAUUUUCAAGGUACUUAGAUCAUUUGGCUGGAUGAUUCCUCCCAUCAUUUUAUCAAUGCUGCUAGGGACUGGAACAGAUACCUUUUUCAUGGCAUUAGUUCUCCCCCUAGCUCAGUCUGCUCUUUCCUUAUUAUUUGAUUCUGUAUGGGGAAGGCCCACUAACAGACAUAGAACAACAUCAAAGUCCCAGAAAAGGAAGAGGACCUCUGCUGGAGCUACAAGUAGUAGUAGAAUGAAAGAGGAGAAACAACGAAGGAGCCAGAACGGCAAGAGGGUUGGCGAUUACUGGUCUUGGGGCUCAAAUAACAUUUCUGCUGAGAAAGGGGAGGAAAGGGCUCGGAACUUUGGCGGAUGGGAUGAGCUUGAUAGAGCAGAGAGAAUGCAAGAAGAGACUAACACUGCAAGAGCAAAUCAAACAAGACGGGAUACAGAAGGUAAACUCAGUCGAAGAGCAAGAAACAGGCAUACACCACUUCUGGUGAGGUUGCUCAUUGCCUUCUUCCCAUUUUUGGGAUUUUGGAGCAAAUUAUUGUAAGUAUGUGGUGUCCUCUUCAGUGACGUUAGGUAUCCAUUCCUGGGUGACCAGUAUUAAUUGGUUCAUUGAAUUUGUUUGGACCAUAUGUUAGUUUCUCCAUUCAAAAAUCUCAAGGAGAGCAGACGCAUGUAUAUCAGUUGUAUUUGUUUUCAUACGAGGUAAGCGUUUAGCUAGGAAAUUGAAGCUUGUUGAGUUCUAUCGUCUUCUAGUUUGGAAUGACUGAUUGGCAGCAGUCUCUGUCCUUGUAAAUGUGUGUACCUGGAAAACGAUUUGAAUUCUGCACAUAGAUCGAAGUAGAAAUGAAUGGCUGCUGGGAUUUGGACAC